AUGGCUCGCCGUGCAGAUGCAAGAGGCGGCGGUGGCGGCGGCGGCGGCAAAUUCAUGUCGAGGAUGGUGACGGGCCAGAAGCCGAUCCAUGUCCGGCCGCCGAGGCCGGAGAAGGAACGCGUGGACAUGGUGCCCCGCGACGUCGUCGAGCGGUGCAUCGUCGCGCUGUUCGAGAAGCGCGGGUCGACGCGGGAGGCGGCCAUGGAGGACCUCGUCGGCGCGCUCGAGGGCCACGUGUCGGCGCGGGAGGUUAGCUGCAAGUACACCACCAUCGUGUCCCGCUGCGUCUUCUCGCUCAAGAAGGGAUCCGUCAGGGAGGCCCGCCUCGCCUACCGCGCCAUCGGCAUCCUCGCGCUCACCCUCGGCGGCGGCGGCGACGACACCGCCGGCGCCAAGGAUGUCCUCGCCGAGGCGUUCCCCUUCCUCGCCAAGACGGUGGAGGCGUCGCACGACAUGGCGAAGGUGCUCGCCGCGAUCGACGGCCUCGCCGUCGCCACGUUCGCCGGCGAGGACGGAGACGACGAGAUCGAGAGGUCCAUGGACGCCAUCUGGGGCGGCGUGAUCGACCCGAGCUCAGCUGGGCCGGGCGGCUCCAGGCUCGCCGCGGGGGACGCGAGGAAGACAACGCCCGAGGCCCUCGCCGCCGCCGUGUCGGCGUGGGCGUUCCUCCUCACCGUCGUCCACGACCGGUACGAGGCGGAGGAGGGCGAGAGCUGCAAGGACAAGAUCGCGCUCCUCGCCAAGCUCCUCGACGACCACGACGACCGCGGCGUCCGGGUCGCCGCCGGCGAGGCGAUCGCCGCGUGCGUCGAGCUCAAGCUGGCGCACGACACCCCGCCGGAGGACAUGGAAGCGCUCAACGCCACCGUCUCCUACCUCGCCACCGAGCCCUCCGGCAAGGGCGCCGGCGACAAGCGGCGCCACGCCGGGCAGAAGGACAUCUUCCGGCAGAUCGAAAUCUUCUUGGACGACGGCGAGGCCCCGACGAAGUCGGUGAGGACGUCGUCGAGCAGGCAGAGCGUGCUCAAGGUGACAACAUGGACGAAGCUCCUCCAGCUCAACUUCCUCACCCGGUACCUCGGCAAUGGCUUCCACAGCCACCUCCAGCACAACCCGCUGUUCGGCGAGACGUUCGAGGUCGACGGCGACGAGGAGAAGAACAAGUUCGGGCUGCCGGAGGAGGAGCCCGAGAGAGGCACGACGGCGCUCAUGCUGCUCCCGGCGCUGGCGUGCUGCCACCACAUGCUGCCGCCGGUGCACCGGCAGCCGCAUCUGCUGCCGCCUACUGCACCGGCGACGGCGAGCCACAUGUUGCCGCCGGUGCAGCAGCCGAUUUUGUUGCUCGAGUAUUAG